CCAUGUGUGUCAAUACAUAAUACUAAUAUUGUAAUAAAAAUAUACUUAGGUAAUUUAAAAACAGGACUAAAAUUAAAUUUGCAGUAUGCUAUCUUAAAAAAAAUGUUCUCAGCGUUAUAUACUGUUUGGAUGAUAUAUCUUUAUGAUUACCAUCUAUCUACUUAACUGGGUAACAAACUGUAAAAAUUAGCUUGACAUGAACUCGCACUUCUGAUAGAGAUGGAAAUUAAUUAAAUGGUAAUACGAACAUUCACACUUUUCAAGCAUGUCUGAGUGAUUGUUUUAAGAAGGAGAAACGGUAAUUUAUUCGAGACUAAACGUUUGUGCUGGUAUCAGUAACAUCUGAACAUGGAGAAUAUAACAGUUUCUACAAACAUCUAUAAUUCUACUGAAAGCAAUGAUGAGAUUUCAACAGCUGAUGUAACUGCUGAUAAUGACUCGUUUAUAGCGGACGAUUCCUCCGCGUAUAACUACGAUUAUGAAAACAGUACUUAUUAUUAUUAUGAAUAUUAUGAAGACUAUUAUCUCGAAAUCUACAAUUUUGAGAUAUACGCGCUUGGAUACGUUCAGCCAAUACUUAUUCUUCUGACAACGCUGACGAAUUUAUUCAUUGUCGGGUUUUUCCUGACCAAGAAAAACAGAGGAAAGACGACAAACCUCUUGUUUAUAAGCAUAGCGCUCUCCGAUACAAUGACCAGCAUCACGUUACUGCCGAAUGGUUUCGGUGUCUAUGCAGCUGAUCGAGUUUUCCUUUCCAGAGACUGGUGUAACACUUACAUGAUCCUGAGAUUUUAUGUCUCUCCGGUGUUCCAUACAGUUUCCGUCUGGCAGACGGUAGUUUUGUGUAUCCAGAGAUACAUGUGUGUUUGUCAUCCAUUUAUUUCGGGACGGAUAUGUACAUUCUGGAAAACGUUUGCAAGCAUCGGUGUAAUGUAUUGCUUGGCUACAGUAAUGCACGUGUACCACUUGGUGAACAAUAAACUUGGACAUGUCAGAUGCCGAUGGCAAACGGAAAUCCCUUGCAAGGAGUCAUGCAUGUAUUUGUGGUUCUGUGUAACAUUACAACACCUCCUUCCUUGUAUUGUGUUGGUCAUAUUGACCGUUAUCACGAUAAAAGAACUUGAAAAGGCGCAAAGAAGGGUGUCAACGAUGUCCCACAGGAGAAGUGUCAGCCGCUCUGCACGAGAUAAAAUCAUUACCUACACCGCCGCUUUUAUUGUGCUAAUGUUCCUCAUACCGGAACUCCCGCAUGGCAUAUAUAGACUGGUGUUUUUAGUCUUCAAACACGAAGGUAAUUACAAUGGAAUCCCACCAUUUCAUAACCACAUCAUAAUAUGCGUGUAUGAAAUUGUACUAACAAUAAGCUUCAACGCCAACUUCUGGAUCUAUUGCUUCAUGAUGCGUGACUUCCGGCACAAGGUGUUAAAGCUUCUAACCUGCGGAGCUUUCAAACGGGGCUUAGCCAGGCUUCGAUCGCUUUCAAUGUCAUCUAGAGGCAGCGUAAGAACAACGCUCUCGCGCAGUAGUUCAAACGCCAGCAGAAACAGGGUAUUCAGUAGGACAACUUCCUUGCACUCCACGGCGUCGGAGAAUGUCCAUGCAGUCAUUCCAUUGACACCAACAAGAGGAUACGAUAAAAUCAACUAUCAUGAGCAGUCAGCCAUGAAAGCAAAAGAAGAUGACACGAAUGAUGACGUUUUUAUGUAGACUGGGUCUACGUUUGAAUGAUAGUCUGAAAACCGUAUCUUUGGUUGGUUCUGUGUUCAGUAUUAAAUGCAACGAAAGAAAAUAUUACACUUUAAGUCUGGUCUCAUAAUACAGAUCUACAACAUUUGAACAAGUUAGGAGCUCAUUCAAAUUGAAAUUUCAACUUAAAAAUUUGGAAAGAAAAAAAUCUAAAUUGACUUUUGCUUAUCGCAAAAAGUGUGGCUUGAUUCAAGUGUUCAUCAACACUCUUCCACCAAGUUGCCGAAAAAGAAGAUCGAAUGUCGGAAUAUGCACUUACUACUAACCUGGCUAGUGUAAUCGUUUAUAUUUCAAGGAAAGUGAUAUGAUAUGUAUGUAUAUUAAUAUAUUAAUGUAUUUACAAGAAAAAUAUGAUAUAAGAAAUGCAUUUCGCCAGGAUGCAAAUAUGAAUGACUUUCAAAUUGAAUACUACAGAAAUAUAAAGAGAUUUUGUUUUAACCGGUCACCGUGGCCCAGUGGUCGAAGGUUCUAGCCCCAUGGGGAGCGUUUGUCCGGGGGAUGUUUGUCAUGGGAAUCAUUCCGAAGAAGCCGGUUUAUGAGCCGCGAGCUAGUUAAAUGAAUGGUUACCGACUUCUAUCCGCCUGGCGCCUGGCAUAGUGGUAGGUGUUGGGAGGUAAGUAGUACGCACAAUAAAGGUGUCUCAUAAGCCAAACUGGCUGGCCCUUUUAAUAGGGGUGACACUAUAAUAAACAAGACAUUUACCUUUUUCAUAAAGCUUUUUGUAUGUAUAUAAUUCUCGCAGGAACACAACAUUUUAAAGAAAAUGAUAAAAACAACACUAUACUGUUUACAUCCUGAAAUCAAUAAUGUACUAUAGCUUAAACCUUUGCCAGAGCUAUUCUUGUACAUUCUAGAGAUAGAGACAUUGUUGAAGGACAAAAUAUUAAAUGUGUAUAUAUUCAUUUUCUGCGUUCACGUACCCAGAAUGAUGUCAAGCAAGAUAAGUGGUGCCGAGACCCUUAAAUCUAUUUGUUUAUGUGUUCAAAUAUAACUUGAGAGGUUAUCAUUGGGAUCUGAAUGUGUGAGAAACACUUAUGGUGCUUAUACUACCGGAGAUACUACAAUUUUAUAAUCAAAAAGUGAAAUAAUUUUCUCUGAUAUUUUAUAAACAUAUUAUAUGAUAGAAGGAACAUUAUUGAAGAUAAAAGUCUCCAAAUUAUCUCGCAACAUAAUUUUACCAUAUGUUUGACGCCGUGAGAUUAAAGCCAUGACAUAAUGUUUAUAUUAGAUUUGUGCAAUAAAUCUUCGUAGUUUUAAAUAUAAGAGACUUUGGUUGGAUUGAUUUUGUCAAUAUCGGUUUAAAAAAAGAAGAAAUGUUCAUUAUAAUAAUGUGAUAAAUAGAAUAAUACAGCUGUGCCUUUUCACGUUGAAUUUCUUACAACAGUUCCAUAAAAUAGAUAAGAUGUUCGACAAAGCCUCACAUUUUAUUAUUUUAUUAAGCUCGUUUAAAAAAUUCAGUACGAAAAGAAAUAUCCUCUUUGUAAGAUAACGUAACUUUCUAAUACCCAACAUAAGAUUUAAUCAUUAACUUUUUAAAGCAGCUCAUUCAUUUACCUUUUAAACAUAUUUUAUUGACGGAGUUCACUACCAUACAAUGAUAGUUUUCGUUUUCUUUGAUCAUUUUUGUUUUUAAAAAUCAAGUUUUCUUUCAGAAAUAUUCAUAGUCGAUUUCAAAUGAAAUUGUAGUUAAAAAAAAACAAAAAAGAGAUCUUUAGCAUGUUUAGGUUAAAAGAUAUAAAACAACUGUUCCUAGUAAAGCGAAAUGAAGAACAGGGGCCGUAUUCAUAAAGCAUCUUAAGUAUAAGUAUAAGAAAUUGAUUAUUUACUUAAGUAUUACUUAAGUAAGAAAUCUAUUUUAUAUUUGUUAUUCAUAAAACAACUUAAUAAGUAAUUCUUGGUUUUUAUUGUGGACGAAAACAUUAAAAAAUACAACAUUAAUUUCAGACAGAUACAACAUGCACAAUGUGUUUAAAGUGCUUUUAUCUGAAAAACAACACUUAAAUCGUACUCACGACGCCAUUUUGUUUUCUGACUUAAGUCAUUUCUUACGUAGCUUACAUUUAAGCUGUCUUAUGAAUAGGACUUAAGUUUUUUACUUAGACUUAAGCUGAAAUCACCACAAACUUAAGUAAAAUCUUCAACUUAAGUCAAAACUUAUACUUAAGAUGCUUUAUGAAUACUGCCCCAGAAUGAAACUUUGCUAUCAAUUAAUAUAUAAAAAUAUCUUUCUUGGCUGUCAAUUGAUAUGUAAAACAUCUUUGACACUUGGCUAUCAAUUAACAUCUUUGAUAGAAUAUAUGUAUCAAUGUGUGUUAUACAAUUAAAUGCAUGAAAAACAUUUUGCAAUAUGAGUGCAGUAAGAAGAUUUGAUUACAUGUAGGUACGCUCUUUUCAUAAAAAUAGUAGUACGCCAACAUGUUAUGUCACUGCAGCCAUUGGAAUGUUGGGUGGAUCAUGGAAUGAUUUUUUGUUUUGUUCAUAACUGACUCGGUUGAUAUGUCUAAUGUGCUGCUUUUGUAUUACACUUUUGUUUGCUUUGCGACAAAAAUAAAUAUAUAUAAAAAA